AUGUAUCGGUUAAUUCCUGCUAAAAUUCCUGAGUGGAAGCGACAACCAGGGAGUCUAAAGUUGUUCAUGUCGGGAAGUUGGUGAGAUAGAUUUUGGUGGGCAUUGAGUGUAUGACUUUGGCUUAGCCAUAGGCCAAUUGCUGCUAAAAGUUCUUCUCGGAAGCAAGCAGCAGGAGUUUGAAACUGUUUUCUGGUGUUUUAAAAGCGUGAGGUGUCUGUUACCGAAGUUGAAUAAAUGAAUUUGAGCUUAUAAUUCCUGCCUGGAAGCGACAACUUGGUGGGAUAGAUUUUGGUGGGCAUUGAGUGUAUGACUUUGGUUUAGCAUUUUCGCAUUUUGCAGCCAUCGGCCAAUUGCUGCUAAAAUUUAUUCUCGGAAGCAAGCAGCAGGAGUUUGAAACUGUUUUCUGGUGUUUUAAAAGGUUCCUUAUCAAGAUCAACUUCUACAACUGCUGCACCUCUAUGCACUGAUUUAUUUAUUCACCAGGAAUAUACCAUUUUGGUGUAAAAGGUUCUUUUUCAUUAUGGCGUUUGAAUUCAAGAUCAACUUCUGCAACCUUUGCACCUCUAUGAAUUGAUAUAUUUAUUGAUUUGGCUUGGGAAUAUACCAUUUUGGUGUUAAAGAAAUUGGAAGUUGAUGAAGGAUGGAAGGAGAAUUGCAAUUGUUGUUGCUGUUUUAAUGUCAAGCUGCUAAACAGUUCCAAUCCUCAUUGAAGGUUGAAGGAGAAACAGGAAACCAUGCCGACCAAGUUGAAGUUCAAGAUAUUAUAUUUUAGAGAUGCAAUGCCAAAUGGGUACCGUUUGGCCACGGUUGAAGAAGUUAGAAAUAAUUUGGACACCCUUAAAUUCGGUGGAUAUGAGGGUGUAUUCCGUCUUUUGGACGGUCGCCUCUUGUUGCCUGACUAUCGACUUGAACAUGCUUUCCUUUUUUUGGAUUGCUCGGUGGUGGUGAAGGAAAAAGAGCGAGACGAGGAUGCAGGCCUUUGGAAGAAAAAAUGGUCAGCUUGUUAUCCAUCAACUGGUGAUUUGUUGAGAAAGCAAGUCUAUGAUGGAAUUAUUCUCUCUCAACAAGGGAGACAUACUGCAAUGGCCAUUGCUUCCCUCCAUGCAGAUGCAGAAGUUAUUUAUUGGCUGCUCAAAACUACAAACCGAAUAGAGCUCCAAGGUUUUACAAAUUUGCUCAAUUCAAAGGAGUUAGAUUUUCUGAAAUAUUUCGCAUUGAGACAAGAUAGAUUUUCUGCAAAUUUGUUCGAAAGUUUGUCGGCUUCUGAGUUUCCACUACAGUGGCCACUUGAACAUGAUCAUUUUCUACUUAGUGAUUUUUCUAUGAUUAAGUACUGUAAGACUGAACGCCUUGUUUAUGUUGAAUUGUUGGUAGAGAUGUACUCUACUAAUAUUGUUCACUACAAAGGUAGAGAUGGUGUGUCCCUUUUGGAUCAAGUUACACAAAAAGCUAUAAAUGACAAAGAUUGGAUACCCGUAUUGACAAAGCUCUUGUCGGUAUCUCAGCAUUCUGUAGAAAAUCAGGUUUCUAAAAUUAAGCAUCGCUUUGGAGACAUUUUUAUUGAGGCAAUUGAAAGAGGGCAUGCUCAACUUGUAGAAGAUUUAUUAAAAUUGAAAGAUGAUUACAUUGAACAACUCACUACAGCUGUCUGUCUGGAGGUUGCAGCAGAGAUCGUAUGUAAAGGCUAUCUGCAAUGCCUGCCUGAUUUCUUAAAUUUGUUAAAGCAAAAAGUUGGAAAUGAGCUCCCACAAGACGAGCACGGAAAGACACUCUUUCAUUAUGCAGCCGAUUCAGAAAAUGAAAAAGUCUUCCAAUUGCUUGUUGAGACAUAUCAAGAUAUGUACACAGAGAGAAAAAGGGAUAAAUGGGGAAGAAACAUUCUUCAUUGGGCAGCACUCAACGGACAAGCCGACUUUUGCAAGGAUUGCGUGGAUGAUUGGCAGUUAAAAGUAGAUGCCAAGGAUAGUUUUGGCCGGAAUUCAUUACAUUUGGCAGCUCAAGGAAAGAAGGGACACCUUGUUGUGGAUUAUUUAGUGGAAUCAUCCUCAGUGGACUUAAUUUAUGUAAGGGAUGAUGAAGGAAGAACACCCUUGCACUUGGCAUCUGCAAAAGGCAACAUUGAAAUGGUUUUGAAACUACUAUAUUUCAGUGCAGAAAACGCUUCUCAAGGGAUACAUUACAUUCAGCAAGUCGAUGGCUUGGGGAAGACCGCAUUGCAAAUGGCAGCACGUGGAGGCCAUACGCGUAUUGUGCGGCUAUUAUUGGAUAGAGGAUGUGAUCCCUUAUCAGAGCGUGAUGCCAAUGGAAGCACAGCAUUGCACUAUGCCGUUCAAGCAAGAGAUGCAGAGGCUGCAUUGGCCAUAUCGCAGAGCCUCCUAAAUAAAUAUGAGAAUGAAAGUAAAAAAAAAUCACUUCUGUUGUGGGCCUCAGCAGGCGGCAUUGGCACUGCAGAGGAAACAGAAGGGGUAGAUCCUUUGGUUAAGGAUUUCUUUUUACAGGAGAAGGCAAGAGAUGAUAUGAAUUUGUUGCAGGCAGCAGCAAAGACUAAGAAUGCAGAAAUGGCCUGGGAGCUUCUAAAUAGAGGUGCCCGUAUGGCAGAUCUUGACUAUUAUAGAAAAAGAGAAGAUGAUGGAGAUGAACAAAUAAGGAAUGCAAAAUUGGUAAUAAGACAAAUAGAUAUAGCAAAGGAGCACGGACAAGAUAAACCAAGCCUGAAGGAUAAUCUCGAAAGAAAUGUUUUAGCCGAAGGUCUAGCUGCUCUAUUUUUGAAUAGAUUUAUAGAAUCUCCAAUCACAGUGGGCAUUUCUGGUGAAUGGGGAAUGGGAAAAUCCAGCCUCAUGAUUCAGACCGAAAGCAUUCUGUUGAUGGCAGCCUCUCAGUUGUCAUUUCCAAAUCUCCUCCGUUCUGAAAAAUUUGUUGGAGCAGAGAAGAUAUCAUUGAGUACUAGAGGUCGAAAGAUAUAUGCAAGAAUGAAAAUCGCCAUGAACAAAUUAGUCUCAUACAGCGAAAAUGAUAAUCUGUGGGAUGAUGAUUCAUUUCUCGUUUUCCUUCUCCGUCGCCUCCCUCCAGCAAUUUACCUUAGAAUAAACAAGAUAUACAAAUUGUUAACAUCCAGCGAGUCAAAGAUAGGACUGCUGGAAUUCUUGAAGGAAUAUCAUCCCCAACGCCAUGCCAUUUAUAAGUCCCUUGCAUGCAUGGAUAUUCAUAAUCGAAUGCUAAGUUCACACGUCAAUGGAGAGAGUGAAUUCCAACAAAUGAGGGGAGUGCCUCGAGUUUUGACAAUUCGAUACAACGCCUGGCACUAUCGUGGUGAGCAUGAAGCUUGGGCUGGGCUAGCAGUCACAAUCACAAAAGAAAUUGAGAAGGCAAUGACUCGAGCACAAUGGUUCAGUACUUGCUGGAGAUAUAGUUGGGCUAAAAAUAGUGUCAACAUCUGCAUACAAAUAUUUUUACCUUGUCUGUUGGUCACAUUUCUAGCAGGUUGGGUGGCUUGGGCAGCUUGGGCGUUAUUAAGGGAUGCUAAGUUCAAAAAUUUACAAUAUGGAUCCAUACCUUCCACUAUCAUAGCAAUUGUAUGGGUGGUAUUGAAAUCUAUUAUUUCUGUUGUGAAACCAGUGAGCACACAGAUGGUGGGAUACAUAAAUUCACCAGAUCACACAGCUCAUCUUGGCUAUCAAGAGCAAGUCAUAUCCGACAUAAAUUUCUUGAAAGGGGAACUUGGAAGAAAGCCUCACUGGUUUUUUUCUAUCAUUUCUGGUGAAAGGUGUAGAAAUUGGUUUGGUUUGUAUCCCGACAAUGUUGAAAAUACAUGCGUCCCAAAAUUUAUGCCAGCCUCAGAGGAUCAACUUCGAAUCAUAACCUUUGUUGAUGACCUUGAUAGAUGUGAUGAAAAAGUUGUUUUACAGGUCUUAUCUGCUAUAAAUCUUGUAUUGGCCGAGUGUAAGAUUAAUGUUAUUUUGGGGAUAGAUAAAAAAAUGAUUCAAAGAGCAGUUGAGAGACGUUUUAAAGAUAAUGAUGAUAAGGAUUUAGCAGACAAGUUUAUUUGUAAGAUCAUUCAAAUUCCAUUGAGUUUGCCGGAUCCUACAAAUAAAGAAUCGGAUAAUUUUCUACAGCAUUGUUUAGGACACCAACCACCUAGAGAUGCUACACUUGGACUGGAAGACAAUGAAGACACAGAUUAUGGUGAUAUAGAUACAGAUAAUGAUGAUGAAGGAGAUGAUGAAGGAGGUUUUUUUCCAAGAAGAAGAGAAGAAAAUACAGUGGUUAAUAUUGAUUGUUCUAAUGGAUUAUCCACAGGUUGUAAAGGAGUUAUCAAAAAAGUGUGUCAUUUGUUUGCUUGCAACCUUUCAAGUGAACUUCGACAAAUUGAUGAUGAGCUAGACACAAAAGGAAUUGAUUUUUUGACAUUCUCAAAAGGAGUCCGAUUAACAAGAGAAAUGUUACUAUCAAAUUAUAACCCAGAAGAAGCUACAACCUUGUAUAAGUUGAAGGAGUUUGUCAUGGGCGCCCAAAAACUUCCUCGUGAGUGGAAACGUUUUUUAGACUACCGCAAAUUUGUAUGCAAUGUUCUUUCUAUGAGAGGCAAAGUAAACAGGCUACCAAAUUGGAAGCUAGAAUUGGUGGCUUGGAUAUUUAUUUGUUGGAAUUGGAAGCAUGAGAUGAACACUCUCAUCAAGAGUUGGCACAAGUAUACAAUUGUGCAAGCUGGGUCCAUGAAAGAUGAAGAUGAAGUAGAAUAUGUAUAUGGGCCUUCACUUAAACAAAUCGUUAAGAAUUAUGUUGUUGAAUUACAAGAAUCACAACAAAUUUUAGAUUUUGAUGUGGACUUGGUUUCAGAAGGAGCAUUAAAUAGUAGAACUAUGGAGACACAAACAAUUCAAGACAGCCAGACCGAAUACUUCAAUUGGUUGAACUUAUUAAAGGCAUUAAAAAUUCAAGAUGUUUCAAUGAAAGGUAUUCAACUAUUUCAGAAUUUCCGCCUUCAUUGUGAAACUGAUAAUCUUCCAUGGCCUUUGCUAGAGUCAGAUUAUAGCCAAGAAGAAGCCAAAUCCUUGAACAAAAUCAAGAAAUUUGCCACUGGUAGGAGAAAAAAUUCCCAUGAAUGGAAACAGUUUUGGGACUACAACAAAUUUGCACGUAAUAUUCUUUCUAGUAUUGGAGAAGUACAAAAUCUACCAAGUUGGAAGGUAGAAUUGGUGGCUUGGAUAUUUGUUUGUUGGCAAUGGAAACAUGAGAUGAACACUAUCAUAAAGGGUUGGAAAAAGUAUGCAAUAGUAAAAUGGAAGGAUGAAGGCAAAUCUAUGGAAGUUGAUGUUGAAGUAAAGGAACAAAUGUCUGAUGCACCUUCACUUAAACAAAUUGUUGAGAAUUUUAUGGAUGUCGAUUUCAAUAAAGAUGGAAGAACAAUAGAUGGCCAUGAUAUUACAAAAGUUGAAGGAAGCCGAACCCAAUAUCCUGAUUGGUUGAACUUAUUAAAAGCAUUGAGCAUACAAAAUAUUUCAAUGGCAGGGAUUCAACUAUUUCAACAAUUUCGCUUUCAUUGUGAAAUUGAUGAUCUUCCAUGGCCUUUGUUGGAGUCAAAUGUCAAGAUAUAAAAAGCUUGACUUAGUUAAAUUUUGCUAAAUAUAA